AUGACGUUGUUGUUGUUGCAGGUUACGCACUGGCAGCACCCGCGCUUCCACGCCUACUUCCCCGCCGGUAACUCGUGGCCGUCAAUCCUCGCCGAUAUGCUGUCUGACGCAAUCGGCUGCGUCGGUUUCUCGUGGGCAGCGAGUCCGGCCUGCACAGAACUGGAGACGAUUAUGUUGGACUGGAUAGCUCGCAUGGUGAAUCUUCCCAAUAUCUUCCGUCCAUUCGAAGACAUGGGCAGAGGGGGAGGCGUCCUACAACAGUCAGCUAGCGACUGCAUCCUCGUCUGCAUGCUCACUGCGCGUGCGCAGGCCAUCCGACACUACAAAGAGGAGCACGGAUCCGAGGAGGACGGAGCCAUCUUGUCUAGGAUGGUCGCUUAUUGCUCGAAGGAGGCACAUUCCAGCGUAGAGAAAGCUGCCAUGAUUUGUUUGGUUAAAAUACGAAUACUGGAGACAGACGAAGAAUACGCACUGCGUGGCGAAGUUCUAUCCGAGGCAAUCAAAGAGGACAAGGACGUGGGACUAAUUCCCUUCUAUGUGUCAGCCACCCUUGGUACGACAUCAUGCUGCUCGUUCGACAACCUAUCUGAGAUCGGACCUGUGUGCACGAGCGAGGAUCUGUGGUUACACGUAGACGCUGCAUACGCCGGCAGCGCCCUCAUCUGUCCGGAAUUCCAAUAUCUAAAGAAAGGUGUCGAGCACGCCAGUUCUUUCAACAUGAACCCUAAUAAAUGGAUGCUGGUGAAUUUCGACUGCUCCACAAUGUGGGUUCGAGACCGGGACCUUCUCACGGGCACCUUGGCCGUCGAUCCCGUAUACCUACAACACCGCUACUCAGAUAAAGCCAUCGAUUAUAGACACGUUCGUCUGGCUAAGCUGUUUGAGUCCUUCGUGAAGAAGGACGCAAGAUUUGAAGUUCCAUGUAAAGUUGUUAUGGGUCUCGUAUGCUUUCGCCUCAAGGAGUCAAACGCAACCAAUCAGCGACUGUUAAUGGCGAUCAACGCAUCCGGGGAAUUGCACAUGGUGCCUGCCUCUCUCAACAAUCGUUACGUCAUACGCUUUGCCAUCUGCUCUGAGCACGCCACGGACAGCGACGUGCUGGUUGCCUGGAGAAUCAUCCAGACAUUCAGCACCGAGGUUCUGAAGCGCUCCCGCAGCAGGGAAAGCGGAAGCAUCGAGAAGCGACAGCCGGAACCGAACGGCGUCGUUGACGAUGACGAGGAACCGGAAGAGGACGUCGACAUCGACGACAUCGAGGAUGACGUCUUCAUGUUUGAUCCGACCGUGACCUUGAAUCAUCCCCUGGAGCGGCCGCCGCCUCCGCCCCGAAGAUACAAGGGCCGAGGGUCAUCACGCAACAUGCUCGUGCGCAUGAUCAGUGACCCGAAAUGCUACCAUCCGAAGCUUUACUUGAAUUUCUUCGGUACACUUUCGGUGUUGGUUCUUCAGUCUUUGGGUUGUUAUCGGCAUCUGUUCUUCAGCUUCUGCAGUCGGUUCAUUCUCAUGUUCUCCUGCUGUGUAUAG